AUGACAGAGCUUCUUUCGACAUUUGUUCCAGCACGUGUUGUAUGUCAAGAGAGUUUGGCAAGACUCAAGAACAAAUUACUUCGACGUCGAAAUCUAUCGAAAAUUUCACGUUUCAUUCCAAUACUUAACUGGUUACCAAAAUAUGAUUGGGCUCAUUCUUUUUUCGGUGACCUAUCUGGAGGCCUUACAAUGGCUGUAUUUUCAGUUCCACAAGGUAUUGCGCUGGCUGGUAUUACCGGUGUACCACCCGUUUAUGGUUUGUACACUGCAAUUUUUCCCUCAUUCCUCUAUAUUUUCUUCGGAACAUCAAAACAUAAUGCUUUGGGUGGAUUUGCCGUAUUGUCACUGAUGACACAUACGGCUAUUCAGAAAGUAAUGAUGAAGACCGCUAUCAGCUAUAAUACGACAUCCUACGUUAACCAUACACUUGAGGAUUACGAAGCAGACAAUGGAACCGUAAUGUAA